AUGCACGGGUAAAGCGUGUAAUAUUUUGUAAUUUAGGUUAGAAGGAAAAAAGAAAAAAAGAAAAAAAUUUCAAAGGUGGAAGAGAGACAAGUCGCCGAGAUCCGGCCCGCCGACAAGGUCUCCAGAAACCGCCUCCCCACUCGAAUUCGUAUUCCCCGGCGGUCCAUUGUUUUUUAUGUGGUCCCCACAAACCCACGGCUAUGCACCCACAUGCCUUCCUCUUUAAACCCCUCGCCCUCCGCUCCCUCUUCCCCAUUUUCCUCUCUGCAUUUCUCUCUCUCUCUCUCUCUCUCUCUCUAGGAAUUUUCUCGCAGUCCCAUCUUCACGAUGUCUUGCUACAAGGGCAAAUACCAUGAUGAGCUCAUUGUCAAUGCUGCUUACAUUGGCACAGCCGGAAAGGGUAUUCUAGCUGCUGAUGAGUCAACUGGCACAAUUGGAAAGCGUUUGGCCAGCAUCAAUGUUGAAAAUGUUGAGUCAAACAGGCAGGCUUUGCGUGAGCUCCUUUUCUGCACACCUGGUGCCCUCGAAUGCCUCAGUGGAGUGAUUCUCUUUGAGGAAACUCUUUAUCAAAAGACUGCUUCAGGUAAGCCUUUUGUUGAGGUUCUGCAGGAAGGUGGGGUCCUCCCUGGAAUCAAAGUUGACAAGGGCACUGUUGAGCUUCCAGGAACCGAUGGCGAAACAACCACCCAAGGUCUUGAUGGCCUUGCCCAGCGUUGCCAGGAGUACUACAUGGCUGGGGCUCGUUUUGCCAAAUGGCGUGCUGUGCUUAAGAUUAGCUCAAAUGAGCCAUCACCCCUGGCCAUCCAUGAAAAUGCCAAUGGGUUAGCCCGAUACGCUAUCAUAUGCCAGCAGAAUGGCCUGGUGCCCAUAGUUGAGCCUGAGAUACUGGUGGACGGUUCCCAUGACAUUGAUCGCUGUGCUGAUGUGACAGAGCGUGUUCUUGCUGCUUGCUAUAAAGCACUCAAUGAUCACCAUGUUCUGCUAGAAGGAACUCUGCUGAAGCCAAACAUGGUGACCCCGGGAUCAGAAUCCCCCAAAGUUGCACCAGAGGUGGUUGCUGAGUACACAGUCCGCACAUUGUUGCGAACCAUGCCUCCUGCAGUACCUGCUGUGGUGUUUUUGUCUGGUGGGCAGAGUGAGGAGGAAGCUACUCUAAACCUUAAUGCCAUGAACAAACUCCAGGGAAAGAAGCCAUGGUCUCUCACAUUCUCAUUCGGACGUGCACUUCAGCAGAGUACUCUCAAGUCUUGGGCAGGAAAGGAGGAAAAUGUGGAGAAAGCUCAGGCCGCAUUCUUUGCAAGGUGCAAGGCAAACUCAGAGGCUACCCUCGGAAAAUACCAGGGUAAUGCUGUUCUGAGUGAAGGUGCUUCAGAGAGCCUCCAUGUUAAGGAUUACAAGUACUGAUUUUAAGUUUUGGCUUUCUGUUUGUGUUUUUGCUUUUUAGAGAGGCAAGGAGACAAGAAUCGGGUUGAGGCCUUUGUCUGUUAUUUUCGUUUUGGUGCCUUUUCGUUUUCUUAGAUUAGAAGGGCAGUGAAUAAAUAAGCUUGAUGAGCAUUGGCAUGGUGGGUGGUUUACCCCAUGCAUGUAUUCCUUGUUUAAUUGUUUAUGAAUUUUAUUUAGAUUGAAAUUAACUGAAAAUUAUGUUGAUGUCUAA